AUGACGAUUUCCUACAGUGGAAAUGUGAUCCGUUUGCUGUUACGGUGGAAAGGAUCUAUUUGGAGAACAGUCUGGAGAGAGCUUCUCAUUUAUCUAUUCUUCUUCUAUUCAAUUCGCCUGUUCUACCUGAAGGGAAUAGAUUUCAUUGAUGACGAUGACGACGACAGAAACAAAAUUCGGCGAAUGUUUGAAUCAUUCUGUCGACAGUGUGAUUCAUAUACUCGUUUGAUUCCUCUCACAUUCCUUCUUGGAUUCUAUGUAUCCAACGUUGUUGCUCGUUGGUGGCGUCAAUUUGAAACCCUUUACUGGCCAGAAGACAUUUUGUCCGUUCUCUGUACCGUACUCCAUCAGCAUGAUGAUAAAAGUAAACGGAGACGACAUACAAUUGCCAGAUAUCUUAAUCUUUCGAAUGCAUUGGCUUGGCGCGACAUUUCAUCAAAAAUCCGUCUUCGUUUCCCAACCGUUCACAGUUUGAUAGAGGGAGGACUUUUGACUGAGAAGGAAUAUCAAAUUCUGGAAACGAUGCAUACAGAGAACGAAUCCAGUCGCUGGAUGACACCUCUUCAUUGGAUCCAACAGAUUAUGAGACAAGUAGAAGACGAAACCAAGCCAACAGCUUCGCUCCUUAACCAGUUUGUUGCUGAACUCCGGAUCUUCCGGCAAUCGCUUCGCAAAUUGUACUCAUACGAUUGGGUUUGUGUUCCACUUGUGUACACUCAAGUGGCAGCUCUUGCCACGUAUUCAUUCUUCUUCUUCUCACUCUUUGGACGUCAACCGCUGCUCCCCGAAAUUGAAUCAGGAAAAGAAAUCGAUCUGAAGGUUCCGAUUUUCACUAUAGUCCAGUUUCUAUUCUUUGUCGGAUGGUUCAAGGUUGGUCAAGAUUUGAUGCGGCCGUUCGGUUUGGAUGAUGAUGAUAUCGAGUUGAACUACAUUUUGGAUAGAAACGUUCGCAUUUCAUUUGCCAUUGUCAAUCAUCUUCAGGAAGCUCCAAUUCCUGAUUUUGAAAACGACGACGACAAGAUGUGGGAAGAAAUGCACCCGCCUGUCAAGGAUGGAGAAACUUCACCUUCAUUACGCAUACCACAACUUCCGCACUCGAAAUACUCAAGCCAACUUUCCGAGCAUCCACCACGUCUUCAUGCCUACGUUCCUAUAGACGAUGACAGAACAAGUAUCAAGGAUAUGGAGAGCCAUCACGGAUGUAUUUCAGUCAAAAAGGACAAGAAGCAUCUGAAUUGGUAG